ACUGAUUUCCUUGGUUUUAUCCAUAGUUAUUCCCCGUGCAACCUUUCUUUGAUUGUGACUAUAAGUCCUCUUUCUUUUAGAAGCAUUCUUCAAAGACCUCAUCCCCAACCAGUUGCUAUACUUACCAAACCACACACUCUCACCAAUAACCCGACAAACAAACGCCACAUACAAACUAAGCUAUAGGGGCUAAAAGAAGAAGAAAAAUGCCCUACCUCCAACACAUCCCAGAAAACAACCAACCAAGCAACACCUUCGAACAACUAGUACAGGACCUUAGUGCAGCCCUGGGUCCGAGCUCGGGCCUGGACUCCGAUGAUGUCGACCCGUUCGAGAUCCGCCGUCUGAUGGAACGAUAUAUCUCCAAUCCCGAUGAAUGGGAGCCGUUCGCCCUACCCGAUCUCAACAAGACCUACACGAGGAAUCUGAUCGACAAAGGCAACGGGAAGAGCAAUCUGCUUAUCCUAGUCUGGAGCCCCGGAAAGGGAAGCGCGAUCCAUGAUCAUGCGAAGGCGCAUUGUGUUAUGAAGGUCCUAAAAGGCUCUCUCCGCGAGACGCGAUAUUCAUGGCCCAAUCAACAUAAACUCGAGCUUGGGCAGGCGUCUCCGUUGCAGUUUAUGCAGGAAACAACCUACACCAAGAACCAGGUUACGUAUAUGUCUGACGAGCUGGGCCUGCAUAAAAUAUCUAACACGGAUCCGGACAAUGUUGCCGUUUCCUUGCAUCUUUAUACGCCGCCUAAUGCUGCCGCGUAUGGUUUCAGCGUUUUUGAUGAGAGGACGGGGAAGGCGAGCCAUAUCAAACAGACUAACUACUACUCUAUUAGAGGCGAGCGGUGCUCGGCUUUGCGAACACAGUAAUAUGUGGCUCCUGGGGUUCUGUUUGUUGUUUGUUAUUAUUUAUUCUUUUCGUUCUUUUUGUACUAUAGUCUAGUAAAUACCCCGCUUAGCAUAGUCGUGCUUUUGAGUAUCUCAUUCUUAUACCCUUUAGGAUGCUAAUUGCAGAAUAC